AUGGUCCUCAACGUAUUCCGUAUUGCUGCGGAUCUCUCGCAUUUGGCGAGUAUCCUAAUCUUGCUACACAAGAUGACCCAGCUUAACGUACAAUUAACCCCCCUCCGCGCCCCUCGGAGACAACCACGACUCAGCCGAACGUGCCCCGUUACAACAGUCGCUAACAUUCUGCAGAGCUGUUCUGGCAUCUCGUUCAAAUCACAAGCCCUCUACCUCUUUGUCUACGUGACGCGAUAUCUCGACCUUUUCUCGACCGAGAGUUUAUACAACUUGGCCUUUAAGAUCAUGUUCAUCGGAUCCCAGGGAUACAUCAUCUACCUCAUGACCAACGCCUACAAGCCUACAAACGAUCCCAACGUCGACACCUUCCGCGUCCAGUACCUCCUCGCUGGCGCCGCUGUGCUGGCCGUUCUGUUCCCUUACAAGUACACCUUUUCCGAAAUCAUGUGGGCCUUUUCCAUCUGGCUGGAGUCUGUGGCCAUCCUUCCCCAGCUCUUCAUGCUUCAGAGAACUGGCGAGGCCGAAACCAUCACAACGCACUACCUGUUCGCUCUGGGUAGCUACCGAGCCCUGUACAUUCCCAACUGGAUCUACCGAUAUUUCGUGGACACCCACUACAAGACUGAUUGGAUCGCCAUCAUUGCCGGCAUCAUUCAGACUGUCUUGUAUAGUGACUUCUUCUACGUCUACUACACCAAGGUCCUCAAGGGCAAGAAGUUCAAGCUCCCUGUCUAA